UUUCCCCGCAUUUAAUUUGCAUCCAAAUAUAGCUGCGCGAGGCAAGUAAGAUGUAUUAUUAGUAUAUCAGAGAAAGUCAAAUGUGAUUCAUACAAUAGAAAAUGGGGUGAGGAUGGUCUUAUCUUAAGUGUUUGAAAGCUGCCCGCAAGUUGCUUCACUUCCCUUUAUCCUUUGCAGCGUUUCCAGUUAGGUAAUGCCUCCCGUUUAUUUCAGGGUUUGCUUCAGUUCCUGUUAGCUGACAUUGAGAGCGGGUGGAGUAAAUGCGCGUCGGUGGACGGUUGCAGUCUGUUGUAACAGCCUCAGUACAUGUGACUCAACUGCUUUUGUCUCUUUUAUUGUUAUAGUUCUUUACCGACGAUUUCCACGAGAACUGGACAUAAGGAGAAAUUAUGUAUAUGUCCCUGUUUUCGAUUUUUGUGGUUGCGGCUCUCUUUCUCUCCUGCUGCGACUCUUUCAAAGGCCCUCAUGUGAUCUGUGACGUUUACCCUAAAGAUCUGUACGUAGAACAGAACUCCAGUGUUGAGAUAGUGUGCCAAACGUCCUGUUCAAAUCACGGCAAAGUCUUCUGGAUGCUGAACGGAAAACACAUCAGUGAAAGCCUGUCAAAAACCAUAAACGCAACACACACUGUCUUGUCACUGAGAAACUUCACUCAAUCAAGCGCAGCUGUGCAGUGUCACAGCUCUUAUGGGGAUCAGCUCUUAGGAGGCGUCACUAUAAGGACAUAUUGUAAAAAAAUCUUCUAUAUUUUAUUGAUUAGUAUUGCUUGUCAUUUCUGCCAUGACAUUACAGUCUUUACGUGUUUUUUUUUCUUUGCAGCAAAGCCUAAAAAUAUCACAUGUGUCUUGCAUUAUGAUGUAAAUAAGCCCAACGGCGUGCCUAAGCUCUUCACAUGUUCAUGGGAGCAUCAUAUGGAUUCUUCACAAACAAACUACACCAUUCUUAACAAUUCCUCGGUGGAAAUCUGCAAGUCGCAAGGAGUGAACUGCACACACAAUUCCACACGUUUGGCAGAUGAUAUACUUGAUUAUAUGUACUUUUUUAACUCAUACACAAUUAAAGUCAGAGCAAAAACUCAAUACGGGGAGACGGACUCUGACCCCUACGUGUUUGAUCCACAUAGCAUAACGAAAAUUAAUCCUCCAAAGAAUUUGAAGAUAACUCCCUCGUCGGAGCAUCUGUCGGUAAAGUGGGACCCGGAUGAACCCCGUUGUCAAGUCAAAUACUACAAGACAUCAGAGCCUGACAAAGCCCCAGAGGUUUUGUGGACAAAUCGAUUCAGUGCCACUAUUGAGGAAGUGGAAUCCUGCAUUAACUACAACGUUUCAGUCCGAUGUGCCUCUGAAAGGGGACUUUGGAGCGAGUGGAGCACGGAGAAGACUGCUCUCACCAAACUGAGCAGGAGCCGCAUCAGGAUGGGACUUUGGAGAAAGGUGGCUGAGCUGGGAAAAAACGGAAAGAGAAAAGUUCAUCUCAUGUGGAAGGGCAUUCCUUCAACAUGUAGAGAGGCAUUCGCAGUCAAACAGGUUGCAUACAAUGACAACACAACCACAGGAAAUUACACCUAUACUUCAUGUGGCAGCUCAUCUUGUGAUGUCGAUGUGGACCACCGUUCACACAGAUUAUAUCUCACCGUUUCCGACAGCGGCGCGCUGCUCGACUCGAUUUAUGUUCCAGCCGUUGGAGAUGCGAGCCUUCCUGAAGUUUGGAGCAUCAAAACAACAAAAAGUAGAAUGAGAGGCGUUAUUCAGGUCAGCUGGAACGUAUCAGAGAAACCCGUCAGUAGUUACAUAAUUGACUGGACACAUGAUGGAUGUCGGUACUUCUGGAAGGAGACCACAUUUACUAAUGCAACUCUGUUUGGCCUGUUGCACAGAACACUAUACAGUAUUACAGUAACGCCUCUUUUCAAUAACAUCUCGGGGCACAGCAUCCACGCAAAUCCGUUCUGCUCCAGUAUGGGAGUUCCAGAGGACAUUGAUGUCAAAGUUGAGGAAGUUGACGAUAAAAGUGCCUUUGUGAAGUGGCACAUGAAGUCACAGAACCCAUGCAAUGAUGUUGAUACUUACACAAUCUUUUAUGAAGCACAGGGACUCCAGCACAAUGUUUCUGUGAGUGGUAGUGAAGAUGGAGUUUGGUUGAAGGACCUGAAACCAAACACCCACUACAAUGUCAGGGUUCAGGCCACAGGCGACAAUGAGACUAAUAUGAGCAGCAAGGUGCAUUUCAUAACAAAUAAAUAUGAUCCCAGGCUUAUUAAAGCUCUAAGCAUCUGUGGAGGCAUUCUUGUCGUUCUUGUGCUGUCUAUUGGGUUGACCUGUGCCAUUCAGUGGAAGAAAUUUAAUGACAAGCCUGUGCCAAAUCCUCGUCUCAGUUCUGUGGCGAAGUGGCUGACGCAGAGUCAUGAAAAGGUGGAGGGGUUCUUCCAGCCAACCACAGAUCAAAUUGAAAACCAAGUUGUCACGGGAAAAACUCAAAGAAACCGAGGGGCGCCACUCACUCCAGUCCGUAAUGGUAACGACUGCGACCCAUCGUUUAGUUCUCUACAAGAGAAUGAACCGGAAGAGAGGUUCUCCGAAACCUCAGAGACACAGCUCCUGUCUUCUCCAGAAGGAUCAAUGGUGUUUUCUUCCUCACAGAGCAGCCCAUAUCGCAGUCAGGACACCACGGAGCCUCUGUUGGAAAAGCCAUCCAAGAAUGACUUGGGCAAAAGACAAGAAAAGACUCCAAUGAAGAGUUUAUACAUAAGCUUGAACAUGUUUGAACAAAGUGAUGUUAGGUGAGCGCUGUGGCAACAAAACACAAGGUGAAGUCAAGAUGAGUCACUCAGUACAGAUCUUCAGUGACAACAUGCGAAAAGAUUGUUGCCUACAGUGAAACAGCAUGAGUUGAAAACAUAUGGCCUGUUUUUCUUUACAGCAUGGCGACCUGUCUGUUUUUAAGGGUUUUUCUCAAGACGCCUUCAUUACAUCCUUCUUGCAACUGCUUUAUGGUCUCAAAGCAAAUCUACAACAAGAACGUGUUUGUAGAAUGAAGUUCUCAGAACAUGUUUCGUAGGCUGUUUACUGUACCCACAAACUAUGUGUCAUAGACUGUAUUAUUAAAGAACACAGCAUGUUGAUUGCAUGAUAUAACAGAAUACAGAUUCUAAAAAAUGCAAACGCCUCUUUUAAAAUGCUAGGCUUGUCAU